AGCAGGCGAGUAUGAGUGAGGGCGGCAGCGGCGGCGCCUCGGCGCUCGGCAUCAUCUUCCUACGCCGCACGGCCGCCAUCCUCGGCAUCUAUGCUAUCGGCUACCUGGAGCUGUCGCCUGCCUGGCUGCUGGGUGGCAUCAUCCUGUCGGUGAUGCGCGAAAAGUGGCGCCGCGAGAAGCGCAACAAGCGUGCGCUGGCGCGCGCCAUCGCGCUGAACAGCGAGCAGGUGACGCUGGCCAAGCUGCAGGACCUGCCCUCCUGGGUACAUUUCCCGGACGUUGAAAGAGCAGAAUGGCUGAACAAGAUGCUGAAGCAGAUGUGGCCGUACGUUGGUGACUACGUGAAGAACCUACUGAAGACUCAGUUCGAGCAUAGUUUGGCCACUACCAUGUCCGGCUACAAACUUAACAACUUCAAGUUUGAGAAAAUAUAUCUGGGCGAUAUCGCUCCGCGGGUGGGCGGCGUCAAGGUUUAUUCGGACAACGUGCAGCGCUCCGAGAUCAUCAUGGACGUCGAGAUCUUCUACGCCGGCGACUCCCGCAUCGAGUGCAGCUUCAGCAGAAUGUCAGCUGGAAUCAAGGACUUCCAGCUGCACGGUGUGAUGCGGAUCGUCUACAAACCGCUCAUCAGCACCAUCCCCAUCAUUGGCGGCAUGCAGGUAUUCUUCCUCAACAACCCGGACAUCGAGUUCAACACUGGCGUGGCGGACGUGCUGGAUAUGCCCGGCCUCAGCGGCAUUCUGCGAAACGUCAUCGUCGACACCAUCGCCGCCAUGAUGGUGUUGCCGAACAAGUGGCCCAUCGUCCUCUCCAGCGAGGUGCCCACCAAGAUGGUGACGGCCUCCCAGCCCAAGGGCGUGCUGCGCCUGCGCCUGAUCGAGGGCCGUGACCUGAUGAAGAAGGACCGCAACAUCUUCGGCCAGGGCAAGUCGGACCCGUACGCCAUCAUCUACAUCGGCGCCAAGCAGUUCAAAACCAAGUACAUCCAGGACACUGUUGACCCCGUCUGGAACUACGUGUGUGAGUUUGACUUGAUCGAGUCGGUGGGCCCGCGCCUCUGGGUGGAGCUGUGCGACUCGGACGACCCGGGCAACAAAGAUGAUAACCUGGGCAGGUGCGGUCUGGACGUGGCCGACAUCGCCAAGGCCGGAUCGCAGGACGUGUGGGUGCCGCUGGAGCAGGCGCGCACCGGCCGGAUCCACAUGAAGCUGGACUGGCUGGGUCUCUCCACUAACGCGGCCGACAUCAAGAAGCAACUGAAUGAAAUCGAGGACCUGUCGGCGUUCGACCACUCGGGCCUGCACUCGGCCGUGCUGACCGUGUUCGUCGACUCGGCAAAACAGCUUCCGAUGGCGUCGCGGACGGUGGAGCCCAAUCCGCUGGUGCGGCUGGCGGUGGGCAACCAGAAGGAGGUGACUUCGUGCAAGUACCGCACCCUGGACCCUGUCUGGGAGGAGGGCUUCAGCUUCCUCGUCAAGAACCCGCUGACGCAGACCAUGACGCUGGAGGUGGAGGACCAGAGCUCGGGCAAGUCGCUGGGCAUGCUGCAGCUGGAGGUUAAGGACCUGCUCCGCCAGCCGGAGCUGGAGGUCAGCGAGCACCCCUACAAACUGCACGAGUCGGGCCGGCACUCCAUGGUCGUGCUCUCCAUUCAGCUGCGGGUUCUGACGCACGACAAGGUGGCGGCCCAGGACGACGAGGCCCGCAUUCCUUCUGCCAUGCCGCAGCGGCCGGUGGCGCCCGAGCCGCCCCGACAGCCCUCAAAGCCGACGGAGGCCACGACUGAGCCGAGCCCGCCGGCGGCACCAGGGGAGAAGCCGGCUGCGACGCCGCCAACUCAGCCGGCCUCCCCGCCGCCGGCCUCCCCACCGCCGCCCUCUCCGCCGCCGGCAUCUCCACCGCAGCCCAAGGCGGACGAGCCGGUGCGUCCGCCCAGCCCGGUCCGGCCAGCGCCCGCCGCCCGCAAGGAGUCGAGGCCGGAGCCGGUGCCGGCGCAGACACGGGAGGCCGUCGAGACGCUCAUCCAGGACCUGUCAGCGGACACGGCGCAGGCAGAGUCCGGACUCCGACAGCGCAAGCCGGAGAACCCGGCCGGCGCCCAUCGUCUGGGCCGGAUCCAGCUGACGCUGCGCUUCAGUGACACCCGCUCGGCGCUGGUGGUCGUCGUCCACAAAAUAUCGAGCCUGCCCAUGCAGGGAGACGACAUUCCCGAUCCGUACGUCAAGACGUACCUGCUACCUGACCGCUCCGAGGACAACAAGCGUAAAACACAGAGCUUCAAAGACAACCGCGACCCGGUGUACGACGAGGCGCUGGAGUAUCGCGGCCAGCUGAAUGAGAUCCGGGUGCGCACAUUGGAGGUUCAGGUGGUCAGUAAGAAGACCUUCGCUCGCAACCCCAUCCUUGGCAUGAAACACAUCGACCUGAGCGAUCUGGACCUGGUGGCCGGCUCCACCCAGUGGUUCGACCUGGAGCCGGAAGAGCACUUCGACUCGCCGCGGCGCAGCCUGUUGCAUGUGCUGACCACGCCCAUCUUGCGGCGACGGAGCGGCGUCGCGGCGUCCGCCGGGCCGGCCAAGCGGAACGGGCGCGGCGGCACGCUGCCGCGCGCCCGCCACUGACGGGAACGGCGCGCCGUCCGCCGCCGCCUGGCGGCGCCGCGGACCCAAGGCUGCUGCCUCGCAUCGCUUGGACGCCAGCCGGUAGGUGGGCGUCUCGCUGAAGUUCCUCUGCUGCCUGCGCCUCCGCUGCUGCGCAAACGGCUGUUACACGAGUGCCUGAGUGCCUUGCGCGUCCGCCGCCGUCGCCGCCGCACGGUGAGGGCCUAGGCGUGUCUUCUUGUUGUACUGUCACCCCUGCUGUCUCCAGCAGAGGCGGCGGCUGCCGCGACAUGGUGGACGAGCGUGGGCGCGCGUCCGAUCUGUACGGGUGAAACGUCUGGUCUUGCUGCUUGUCGG